GUGGCUCAGUACUCGGCGAGCCGUGUUGAACGACGGAUGUCGGGCACAGCGCCGAGCUGUACCACUCGAAUAAACCGCGCUUCGUUGUAACAAAGGCGAAGUAUUUCGAAACUUUGUCUUUUAGUUUAGAAAUCGAAUCGAUCAAACGAUUGAAAGCGUAUAUAUAUCCCGAGAUUUUGAAAUGUGUAUUUCGCGUCUUCGACGUUUCAAAGUUUCAAAAGUGGAAGGAUAAAUUUUUUCGAAAAUCGAUCUUUCGAAAAGGAAGAAAGUUUGCAGAGUUAAUCGAGAGGGUGAAAUGUCACGAUUUGCGCGGGAUACGAUGAAUUUAUAAAGAAAAGAAAAAGUUUAGUUUCGUGGGGAUUCGUUUGUUUUUCGGGACGAUAUCUCGAGUUCCUCUCGAGGAUCGAGGGAGUGGAUCGAGAGAAUCGGUGAAACGAAGAUCGCGAUAAAGUGGUUUGUUUACAGUGGAGAGAGUCAGUGAUCAGGAGACUCGAAACGAUCGACAUUUCUUUUUUUUUUCCAAGAUUCAAUCGUUUAAAAUUCAAACAAAAUUCGACUCGUUUCAUUUCUCGUCUACGAAUCUCUCGUUCGACCAAAAUCUUUGAUCUCUCAAAGAGAUCAAUUACUGUACAUACAGAGAAAACAAAAUUUGUUACAUCAAGAUGAGAGAAAUUGCGCGAGAAUUUGUGAACAAGAGAAAUCGAGUGAUUGAUUGACAACUUUUCUUCGACGAAGUGUUCCAGUGAUAUUUGCAAAUUUUGUGCGCGUGAUUUUCCAUUGAUCGAUAGGCCUCUGCGGCCGGGAAGGGAUCAAGGAUAUGGCCGAGAACGAAAGACACCUGGAGCCUAAAGUGACCGAGUUGACGCCGCAUUCUGGCGAGCAUCGGGUCUCCCUUUAUCCUAUCACGAUGGAGGAGAAUAGACGCGGCGAGGAGACGGGUAAAAAGGAAUCGAACGCGUUGGAAAAUCGUGGCCAGAGAUCGUUGCAACAGACCCAAUCGUUGCCGCAAUUGCAACCUGGUGGCACGACGCAAACGGACAGGAAGGUGGAAAAUCCCGGUGAAAAUAUCCCGGACACCAUCAGCAGUCAAAGGGUGUACAAGAAGUCGUCGCCCAACAACAAGCUCACCCUGUACUUGGCUAGCAGGGAUCUGAUCGUGAGCGAGGCGAAAAUCGACAAGCUGCAGGGUGUGCUGUUGCUCGACCCCGAGUUUUUGCAAGGGAAGAGGGUAUUCGGGCAAAUUACGUUGACAUUUCGUUACGGGAGAGAGGAUGAGGAGGUGAUGGGGCUCAAGUUUUGUAACGAGGCGGUUAUGUGUAUCGCGCAACUCUACCCGCCAUACUCAGGUGCUGAUCAACAAGAAACGACGCCGUUACAGGAGGCGUUGGUGAAGAGGUUAGGCCCCAACGCCCACGCUUUCACCAUGGAGAUCACACCUUUGGCACCCCCAUCGGUGCAGUUGGUGCCUGCGAAAGAGUACAAUGGGGCACCUAUCGGUACCAGCUACGACGUAAGGGCUUACAUCGCCGAUCGAGCGGACGAGAAGCUGCACCGGAAGACGACCGUCAGGAUGGGGAUCCGUGUGAUCCAGCGGACCACGAAGCCGCCAUUGCCUGCCACGAACACGUACAGCGUGCCAGUGUCGGCCACCCCUUCCAGAGAUCAAUCUUGCAAAGCGAGAGUCUCGUUCGUGGAGAAUCACGAGAUCACGGAGGACGAGGAGAACGCGGGUCCCCGCGCGGCGGUGGAGAAGCCGUUCCUGUUGAGCGACGGCCGCGUAGGGUUGGAGGCGAGGCUGGAUCGCGCGAUCUACGCGCACGGAGAUCCGAUCUCCGUUCACGUGAACGUAAAUAACAGCAGCAGCAAAACGGUGAGAAGGAUCAAGGUUUUCAUAGUGCAACACGUGGACGUAUGCAUGUUCAGCAACGGAAAAUUCAAGAACGUGGUGGCCUUGUUAUCGUCCCAGGAGGGAUGUCCAUUAGGUCCUGGAGCAUCGAUGAAGAAAACUUACACCCUUAAACCUAUCAAAGGCUCGACCAAAAAUUGGAUCGCCUUGGAGGAUAGUUACACGAAGGCUGAGGCAAUGUUGGCAUCUACUGUUAUUUGCCCUGGAAAUGGUCCAGAGGAUAGAAACGUUUUCGCGAUAUACGUUUCUUAUUACGUGAAGGUCAAGCUAUUAAUCUCAACGAUGGGUGGGGAUGUAUCCCUUAAACUACCAUUCACGUUAAUGCAUAGCAAUACUGAUCCGGAUUUGGUGGGAUUUCCAUCUCCUACCAGAGAGGCAAAAAUUGUAGCGAAAAUGAACGAGGAAAAGAUGGAAAAUAUAGAGAGACAACAAGAGGAAAACAAUGGGCACAAGUACAAAGGAAGUAAAUUGGAACCGAUUAAAGAGAAAUUGAAAGAGACCAAAGAUAUUGACGUGGAUCUGAUAGAACACUACGAGGAGAGCGACAGCACCUGAGAGCAGGUGCAAACGACCGACGUAUCAUCACGAUCAUCGGUGAAGAAUAAUAAUGGCGCAAGAACCGUGAAGAAUUCCAA